UCGUAACAUGAGUCCUGAAACUUAUAUAAAGCCAUCCCCACCACCACACUUUUCACUCCAAACCAAAUUGAAGCCCUUGUCUUGUUAGUUGUAAGCGAUUUUUCUUUCAGAAAUUAAAGAUGGGAGCAAACAUGUCUGAGCUCGAGAACCCACAUGGCUUCAGCCUUGUAAAUACCAACCAGCUCGUAGAGUGUCAUUCCAAGGACCAAUGGAAGGCUCAGUUUGAUGCCAACAAAGGAAGCAACAAGCUGAUGGUCGUUUAUUUCACUGCUCCAUGGUGUAGACCUUGCAAAUUGCUGGAACCAUAUAUCAAAGAGUUAGCUGCCAAGUAUUCAGACGUUUCGUUUCUCAAGAUUGAUACCGAUGAGCUGAUGGCGGUGUCAAGGGAAUUUGAGCAGAUUGAUGUGUUGCCAACCAUGGUUUUUGUUAAGAAAGGGAAAGAAACUGAUAGGGUGGUGGGAGCCAAAAAGGAAGAAGUGCAGAUGAAAAUUGAGAAACACAGGAGCUUUUAAUGAUUACAAGUAUUAAUUCAUACCAUGUUAUUGCCUUAAAAUAAAUGAAGGCUCUAUAGACAACAGACACACCAUAAGUGGCUGAAACUCAGUGUUUGCUAAAUAAGAUUUUCUUUAUUAUGUAUGUUUAAUCUCAGUAAACAGCUUUGUUUUGUGAUCAUCCUAAAUCCUGUAAGCUAUAAACUUAUUAAGGAAAUAUACCAUAUUAACAAUUAGUAGCAA